AGAGGCAAAAUGUUAUUGGGAUACUCGGAUUCAGAAUUGGCCAAUAUGGGUGGCUACGAUCUAGUUCACUACGACGAUUUAGCCUAUGUAGCCAGUGCUCACCAAGAAUUAAUAAAAACUGGAGCCUCGGGUAUGAUAGCUUAUAGAUUCCAAACCAAAGAUGGACAGUGGCAAUGGUUGCAGACCAGUUCAAGAUUAGUGUACAAAAAUUCCAAACCUGAUUUCGUCAUAAGCACACAUCGACCUUUAAUGGAAGAAGAAGGUCGCGACCUUUUGGGCAAACGUACAAUGGAUUUUAAAGUGAGCUACCUAGACGCAGGUCUUCCAAACAACUAUUUUUCCGAAAGCGAUCAACUUUUGUCCAAUUCCACCAACGUCGCUCAACAUCCGAUAGCUACGACUCCGUCCAGGGUGAACAGAAGGUACAAAACUCAACUCAGAGACUUCCUCUCCACGUGUCGGACGAAACGCAAGCUCUCCCAUAGUUCAAGCGGGCAAGGCACUCCUCCUGGAAACUCUACUGUAACGGCAUCUGUGGUCAGCCCGAUGCCAUCUGUGGAUUAUAUAACCUCAGACGGAUGUACUGCGGCUUAUAAUAUGUACGCUAGUCCUUACUCUUCAGCAGGUGCUGAACAUGGGCUCUCUUACAUGAGUCAUUCGAAUUUUCAACACAGUUUAUACCCAGCUCCUGCCGCUUUAGAUAACCGCUACCUCACUACCACUGAGAAUUUGUUCCAUCAAUACAGACCGCUUAGUACCUACUAUCCAGAGUAUCACCAUUCGCCUACAGCUAGUCCAUACGUAGGCAACGGCUUUCUGGAUAUGUCUUCGAGAACGGCAGUACCUGCGUACGACCCUUCUGCCACCACUUCUAGUCACCACACUACUUAUCGAGCAGCGGUAAUGCCAGUAGACGAAAAAAUCUACUCUUGCCAGCAAGUUGGUCAACCUACUUACGUGGACAGUUCGAGGAGUUACGUAGUACCAAAUUCGACGAAGUGCUUGGACGUAUCCUGGCCGUACUCGGUGAGUCCUUCAUCGGGAAUCAUCCAACCGAUUCAAGUCAUGAGCACACAAUUAGAUAUUAACCACAAAGGAUGUAACAAGUUAAAACAUCCAUCGAUAGACGGUAUGACCAACCAUUCUUCCUCCCCUACCGGCUUGAUUACUCCGAAAAUGGAAGACAUCAAAUCGGAUUCGAAUGUAUUGCAUCAAUCUGACAGUCCGACGCAUCACAGCAUUAACUCAGUAACGCCUCAGCAUUUUUCUCCGGUGACAUCAGUAUCAGAGAUUCCGAGACAGACGGUACUGAUGUGGGGUUCUAACCAUAUUCAAAGCUCUCCAAAUUCGAAUCAUCGAUCUCCGGGUGAUAAUACAGAGUACUCGAUCUCUUCAGUGCCUACUUCGGAGGGAUGCGACCAUCUGAAGAGCCUGGCGGAUAUCAGCAACCCCGAGAUGUGCAAAUGGAACGGGGAUGAUAGUAAAGCAGAGACAGUAGUACAAAGUAGUGAUUCGGACAGUACGCAUCAUCACACCAACCAUCACAAUCAUCACAAUUCUAGGGUGGUUAUGGUGCUAUGAUGAAUGUGUUUUGCUGGUUUUUUGCCAGUACAGUUGUAUAUAAGUAAAUAUAUUUUUUAUUAACGUGCACAUAAUUUAAAAUGUCAACUAUAUUGCGGGAAUCACAAAUGUAAUUUCGGUUGAUCAAAAUUUAGGUUAUACAGUGCUGCAGUAAAAGUUCGCAUCAUGUGAGUUUUUUUUU